CUGUCAUCUCUCUAUAGGUCCGACUGGGAUUGAUGACGUCAGACUACCUAAAGGACAAUGUGCUGUCUAGUGAGCUGGUGGAGGCCAAUUCUGAGUGCCUGUCCAUGAUAAGUAAUGCCAUCUUAGACAUACAUGAUCUAGGAAGCAGACCCUUCAUGUCUGCCUUGUAUCACCCUCUUGCUCGUCCCCGCCUGCCUCAUUCCAUCCUGCUGGCCAUUGGGGGGUGGAGUGGUGGUGAGCCAACUAACGGCAUCGAGGCCUACGAUUGCCGGGCUAACCGCUGGGUCAACGUAACAAACAACCUCGAGUGUCCUCGUGCUUAUCAUGGAGCCGCCUUCCUCAACGGGUACGUCUACUCCGUUGGUGGCUCCGACGGGGUGGAGCAUUUCAACAGCGUCCGUAGGUUUGACCUGACCACUCACGCCUGGAAUGAGGUGGCGCCCAUGACUCCCGCCGCUGCUAUGUGAGCGUGACUGUGUUGAACGGGUUCAUCUAUGACCUGGGAGGCUACGACGGGCAUGUACGACUCAGCAGUGCAGAGCGCUAUCAACCUGAAACCAACCAGUGGAGUCUUAUUGCAUCCAUGCAUGAACAGAGGAGCGAUGCCAGCUGCACAACACUUCACAGCCGGAUUUACAUUUGUGGUGGAUUCAAUGGGAACGAGUGUCUGCAGACAGCUGAAUGUUACAACCCAGAGACCGACCAGUGGACGAUGAUCAGUCCCAUGAACAGCCGCCGCAGAGGGAUAGGUGUCAUUGCAUAUGCGGAUCAUGUCUUUGCAGUUGGUGGCUUCGAUGGAAACAGACGUCUGCGCACCGCUGAGGCUUACAACCCGCAAACCAAUACGUGGAACCUCGUGUCCUCUAUGUUGACCCGCCGCAGCAACUUUGGCAUUGAGGUCAUCAAUAAUCGCCUCUUUGCAGUCGGGGGCUUCAACGGCUUCACCACCACUUUCAACGUUGAGUACUACGACGCUUCAACCAACCGGUGGUUUAAAGCAUGUGACAUGGGGAUUUUCCGCAGUGCCCUGAGCUGCUGUGUGGUGUCCGGACAUCCCAACCUGUCUGAUUACACCAUUCCUCGUGACAGCCUGACAUGUUUAAAUGUGCCAGAAGAAGCAGCGGAGUCCACGUAACACCUUUAAAAUGCAAUACUGCCAUGUGUCAACAUCUGGGACUCCAACAUGAAGGACUGAAAUAAAUCUUUAGAACAUCAAACCGCUGGUGAA